GAAGGAGCAAAAAAAAGUUCCACACUGAGGUCACUCAACCAGAUAGCUUGGCCUAUUCAACCGAGAAUUGCCCGCCCGAUCCCGACGAGAACAGGACAUCUUCACCACUACUGUGUACCGACUUGUUUGCUCAGAAACGGAAACAGGCAUUCCAUGCAUGUGCGGGUUCCAAUCGCUGACGGCACCCAUGCAUAAUUGUGGACUUGUUGGCUUGUCGGUCCCUGCAGAGUAGCAUAUAUCGGCCUCCUCGUCCAAGCAGAAGCGUGAUCAUCUCGGCCGAGGUCCGCCCUCCACCUUCGACUGCCACUCUAUUCUCGUGGCCACUGCAUACAUUGUCGUGUUGACUGCUCCAUCAUUGGGCCACUGCUCCGUCACUGGGUCACUGCAGCUUUAGCCAGAGCUAGCCAGCGCUCGUGUCACUGCCGGUGAAGCUCUACUCUACCGGUAGAUAAAGCUCGCCUUGCUCGCCCAUCCCCUGCUGCCCCCCCCACCUGGGCACUCCUCUCUCUCACCCUCUCUAGCUCCCAAUCUCGUGGCGAGACCUCAAUGGGACAGAACUUCAGGAUGGCUCCCCGCGGCAUUCCUCUCCAGGAGGACAAAGACAGGCCCGACUACAUCAACGAAGCCGUCUUCAGGCGCAACUGCCUUCCCGCCCGCUCUUACCACAUCCCAGAGACGUCUCUGCUGCUCAACGGCAGUUGGGACUUCCACUAUGCCCCCAACCCGCUCGAGGCCCCCGAGCCAGAGGCUGGCGAAACCACCGCCUGGGGAAAGCAGAACGUGCCUGGCCACUGGCAGCUCCAGGGCCACGGCAAGCCCUGGUACACCAACGUCCAGUUCCCCAUCCCCGUCUGCCCUCCGUAUGUGCCCACAGACAAUCCUACGGGCACGUACAGGAGGUCGUUCCACGUGCCAAACACCUGGGACUCAAAUGCCCAGCUCAGACUGCGCUUUGACGGUGUAGACAGCGCCUACCAUGUCUUUGUCAAUGGUGCGCUGGUCGGCUAUGCUCAGGGGUCGAGGAACCCGCAUGAGUUCGACAUCUCCGAGUAUGUCGUCAGGGACGGCACAAAUGAGGUCUUCGUGCGCGUCUACCAAUGGUCAGACGGCACAUAUAUCGAGGACCAGGACCAAUGGUGGCUUUCUGGCAUCUUUCGAGACGUCCACCUGAUCGCCUUCCCCGCCGAUUCCAGAAUCGACGACUGGUUCCUACGAACAGACCUCGACUCCAACUACGAGAACGCCACGCUGGAGGCUACAGUCGACGUGCUCAGCAAGGAGAAGGCCACCCUGAAGCUUACAAUCUCGGAGCUGGACAAGGAGGGUGGCAAGGUCAUUGAGACGAAAGAGGUCUCUGUGGGGACAGGCUCAUCCAAAAUCGACGUCUCCAUACCCGUCAGCAACCCCCAGAAGUGGACCGCCGAGUCGCCAUACCUCUACAACGUGGAGCUGGCCCUCAGCACCUCCUCCUCUAAGCCAUACACCGUAACGCAAAGAGUCGGCUUCCGCAAGGUCGAGCUUAUCAACGGGCUCAUGACCGUCAAUGGUACCCCUAUCCGCCUGCGUGGUGUCAACAGGCACGAGCACCACCCCCACUUUGGCCGGGCUGUUCCACUUGAUUUCAUCAAGCGUGAUCUGCUUAUCAUGAAGACAUACAACAUCAACGCUCUCCGCUGCUCUCACUACCCAUCCCACCCCAAGAUCCUGGACAUGUGCGAUGAGCUUGGCCUCUGGGUCAUGGACGAGGCUGACCUGGAAUGCCACGGUUUCUACGACGCCGUUGCGAGGCCCCAGGAUAUCCCUGAGGGCCAGGACUACGAGGAGCGCAAGAAGCUCACCUUCCCCAUAGCCGCCAAGUUCACAACUGACAACCCAGCCUGGAAGGAGGCAUACGUGGACCGCAUGCGCGAUCUUGUCCAACGUGACAAGAACCAUGCAUCCGUCAUCGUGUGGAGUCUUGGCAACGAGGCUUUCUACGGCCAAAACCACAAGGCCAUGUACGAGUACGGCAAGAAGGUCGACCCAGGCCGCCUCAUCCACUAUGAGGGUGACGUGCACGCAGAGACGGCCGACAUGUACAGCUACAUGUAUCCCCCGGUUGAGCGGCUCCAGAGACUUGUUAACAACGAGGGUGUCAAGGAUGGCAAGUAUGAGAAGCCUGUUGUCCUUUGCGAGUACGGACACGCCAUGGGCAACGGUCCUGGCUGGCUCGAAGACUACGAAGAGCUCUUCCGAACGAACCCCCGCCUCCAGGGUGGCUUCAUCUGGGAGUGGGCAAACCACGGCCUUUGGAAGGAGGAGGGCGAUGGCACCGGCAAGGGUGGCUACUACGCCUACGGAGGCGACUUUGGAGAUGUCCCCAAUGAUGGCACAUUCGUCAUGGAUGGGCUGUUGUUCAGCACCCAUGAGCCUACACCUGGCCUGACCGAGUACAAGAAGGUCAUUCAGCCGGUUGGUUUUUCUGUCAACGGUCAGAAGCUUACUCUGAAGAACUACUACGACUUCAUCGACCUCAAACACCUCGUCGCCUCCUACAAGGUGGAGGAGUUUGGGGAGGAAUCUAAGCUCCUUGCAUCUGGGAAGCUUGAAAUCCCUGACAUCAAGGCAGGCAAGAAGGGCGAGAUUGAUCUGAGCGGGCCGUUGUCCAAGUACAAGAGCAACAAGGAGGUGUUUGUGACCGUAUCACUGACCCUCCGCGAUGAUACACCUUGGGCAGCCGCAGGCCAUGAGAUUGCCUGGAAGCAGUGGCAGGUAUCCAAGGCGGCCUCCCCAACAACGGCUCUGGCCCUCAACAAGAUGUCGUCUCCCGUCAAGGUCACCUCGACCGGCGCAAAGGUCAAUGUUUCUGGCCCCAACUACAACUUCACAUUCGAUCGCGCCCGCGGAGCUCCAACCUCCUGGGCCGUCAACGGCGUGUCUAUACUCGAAGCUGACCCCACCACCGGGGUUGCCAUCACGCCAUCCUUCUGGCGCCCUGCCACAGACAACGACGUUCCUGGCGAGCUACCGUACUGGCAGCGCUUCGGCGUGGAUGUGAUGGAAAGCCAAGGCCGCUCGUUCACUGUGGAUACUUCUGACCCCAACAAGGCCAUCCUGAAGUCACACAUCUUCGUCACACCACCAAUCCUGGCUUGGGGAUACGAGUGCCAUAUUGAGUAUACCAUCACCAACACCGGAUCCCUAUCUAUCGACGUCAAGAGCGCCAAGCCCACGGGCGCCAAGCCCACACACGUGCCCCGGGCAGGGCUGAACCUCCGCCUGAGCAAGAAGCUCGACAAGGUCAAGUGGUUCGGCCUCGGCCCCGGGGAGAGCUACCCAGACAAGAAGGACUCACAGCGUACUGGCGUCUGGACGGCCGACUCGGUGAAGGACCUGCAGACACCAUACGAGGUUCCCCAGGAGAACGCCAACCGCAUGGAGGCACGGUACGUGACCCUCACGAACACGCACGACGCCGGCGUCAGGGCGGUGGCGCAGGGCUUCGAGGGCGGCUUCAGCUGGGUGGCGAGCAACCACUCGGCCGAGACGAUCCAGAGCGCGAGGCACCCGCCCGACCUGGUCGAGGAGGACGCCACGCUGCUCAGGCUGGACUAUCAGGUCGCUGGUGUUGGCACGGCCGCCUGUGGUCCCGGCGUGAGGGAGGACCUGCUUGUAAAGUGCGAGGAGGUCAGCUUCGGAUUCGUGCUAGAGAGUGUUGGGUUGUAGGUAGCACCACGCGCAUUUAGGCAAAAGCAGGACUUCUCAUCGCUUGGAUAUAGGCACGUGGUAGAAUGAAUAUGAUUCAGAAUGAAUGCA